AUGUCCACCGACCCAAAAGCCCUUACAACUGCCGCAAUCAACCGUCUCCUUCGCCCUCUCAGAACAUGCUGCAACGUUCUCGCAAAACUACCAUUGCCAACCCAAGCAACCGGCGCCAGCAGGCCAUCAGCAACAUACUCAUCCACCUCCACCAAUCGCCUUGGUCUCAUCCAAAUCAAUCAGAAACAUGAUCCUUUGGUCAUCCUUCCCCCUCCGGACAAACUGGCUUCCCAGCUCUAUUUCUCUCAGGAGUACAGAGGUUCCCUGGAACUCGCCCGCCGCGUAUACGCCGUUCGCGACGCCUUCAAGAAUAUCGUAGUCAAGGCAAAAAACGCAAACGUGUCUACCCGUGUCAUACCCCUUACUGCUCUGUGCGCCAUCACCAUUGGUCAGAAUCUGCAAGAAUGGGAAGAACCUGACGACCAAGACGACGAUCAACAGCAACAAGACGCGUCGAAUGAUAUCAGUUAUGCUGAUGAAAUGUAUGAAGCUGUUCCUGCCGCCUAUCGCGCAUGGCUAUUAGUGUCUCAUGCCUUGGCCAUAAUACUCGAUACCUGCCCUCACCAUCCAACACUGAUUUGCAUCCUUCUCGAUGUGGCCCUGAUACACCGUCUGCAGUCAGAAGCAUCACAGCUCUUGGAAGCAUUGCUAUUCCUCGCUCUAAGACCAAAACCGAAUGGCCAGUCCUUGAUCUCCAGUCCAACCCAUUCCAAGUUUAUUGUGGAAUAUCUCGACAAGUGGAUCUCCGCCGGGUUCACUAUCGACGCGUUUAUGGCCAUUCUGUUUUCAGCACUCGGCCUGACUGAAAACGCCGAGACCUGGAGUGCCAAAGCUCUCGAUACUCUGGCCCGGCGCUUACAGAGCAUCCACCCUCCAUCCUUGGUUUGGCUGGCCAUGGGCCUUUGUCGAUAUUUGUCGGCCUCAAGUCUGGAACCAGCCUAUCGGGGUCAGCUGUCCACUUUACUGUCUAGAUGGACAGACUGUGUCACCAAUAAUCUUUUAUCCACCGACGGCGUACCACCAUACUGCGAUCGCGCGUUUGAAUAUCUUCGAACUGCUCAGCACGGGGCGUGGAACACCACUCGCGAUGAAUCAACCAGUGUUCUGAAAGAUUCACUGUGCUGUCUUGCGAUACAGCUCAUCGCCUCACCUGGUUCGCUCUCCCAAUGGCAACUGGAUAAUCUCGGCAAGUGGCUUUCUCUAUCCACCCCUCGAGCGUUGACCUUUUCCAUACUGGUCAAAGGUACUCUGAGCCCGAAAGAUGAUACAACUUCGAUCGCCUCAUACAUGCGGCAAGGUCACAAGAAACUCAAGAUCUAUGCGUCCCAUCUUCAAAAACGUCAAUUGACCGCUCACGAGGCGUCUUUAUGGACAUGUGCGCUCCAUUUUGUAGAGAACUUGGAGAACGACCCAAGUCUUCGUCUGGUGGAGGAGCGUCCCGAUAUCAAGGCGUAUCGUGAGCGGGUGAUGGAGUUGGUGGAUAAGGCAGAAGAGAAUCUGCUUCACUCGUCGAGCGUGAUCGGUUCAGUACAAAGCUUCGACGACCUUCUCGAUGGCAACACCAUGACAGCCCCGACACCCAUGCGGAAAAAUGCGACAUCGGACUUUGACGAGCUCAAUCUAGCGACGCCGGCGCGUCGUAACUUUGAUGAUUGGGCUUGGGAGGAUGAAAUUGGUUGUUGGGUCAGGCAGAAGACACAGCAGAGUGUGUCGUAUAGGGAUAGCCUGCUCAAGAGUGUCCAAAGGCGCAGGAUCGCGAUCCCGACCCCUAGGACACGCUCCGUUAUCCGACAUUCAACGUCGCGUGAUACAAAAACCGAGGUCAUACCUUUCAACCUUUUCAAGCGCCAGAAGAGCCAAGGCCUCGGUGACACGGAUAGACCUGCCCGACCCACGCGUCCCCGACCUUCCAAACCGCUGAAUGACUUUGUUUCUCUCCUUGCCAAUGCCGCUUCUCACCGGACGGUAUUGCACGGGAGGAAUGUGCCUCGUGGUGCCUCCCAAUCAGCAAGCUUGUCCCGGCGCAAUUCGCCCUCGUGUUGCUCGGCGGAUUCUGAUUGCAAGGGCCAAUCACGGUGCGGGAAUGGGGUGCCAAUACGCAAGAGGGCGGCUUUAGAUGAGAUACAGAGCUCAGACCCUCAUCAAGCUUCAGACGAUGUGCUUGAUCUAUUUGCAUAUCCCUAG